AUGUUUGAAGGAUUUCAGCAUCUCAACGUUCCAGUUGUAAUGUAAGGCUCGAACUGGGCGACCGUCAUGUUUUAGUCUAUUCUUCGAACUAUCAUUGGCAGGGAUUAUUUGUUUGGUGGGAUUCAUCAUCGAUAAGAUCCGGCAAGUCGAAGGAUGGAACAAUGAUGACGAGGAAGAAGAAAUGCCAAGGUUUCUCCCGGCAAGGCCCUGGCCAAACCUUCUUCGAGCCAAACAUGCUCCCGUUGUUGUUGUAGUACAAGUAGAAGAUCAUUUGCCUCACGAAACCUCCGAACCUUUGAGUUUGCUAUCUGAUAAAAAAAAGAAAAUGAAAAAUAAGGAAAAGGAACACAUUUCAAAUGAAAGGCCGGAGGAAGUAAGAACAUUGCUUUAGCUAGCUUACUUUCAGUUGUACGAUGUGCAAUUCCUCCGAAGCCCUCACGGCCUUCUGAAACGACCUCCUGUCAUAAUUAAUGAUAACGAGAAAUCCUUGGAAAUUGAAAGCACCCAAAACACGAAUACAGUGUCUGAAAGAAGGAAGAAAAAGAAGAAGAAGAAGGAGAAACAUGGAUCUGUGGAGAAAAUACAAGAAAAGCAGAAGAAGAAGGAAGCCAUCAAAGCUAUACACUACAUGGAGUCUCUGUUAGAAAAACCAGUGCAAUAG